AAUCGUCUUCCUCCGUUGUGAAACAUGGCGCCGAUAUUGGCACCGCUAAAAUGCGGCUUUCACUUCCAAAACAGAAAAUUGGCCUUUCUUAUUCGCCAGACCAGCUCAUAUCACGUUUGGAAUAAAAGCGGCGCUGAAGAGGGGAGGAAUUAUAAACGACAGAACACAUAUGUGCUGAGCUCCAUUCCACACUUACGAACAACGACAUGGAGCACAAACAGAUUGGAGAGCAGCCGUCGGAUUUUAGACGGGCUAAAACAUUUGCAGGGGAUGGACAAGCGGACAUGUUGGCAUGGACACGCAGGAGGAGGUUUGAGUGCAGACCCAAAAAAUGUGCUGAAAGAAGUGAAUUCGACGACGAUUCUGUCUGCGAUGCUGGCCUACGUGUGGCCAAAGGACCGACCAGACCUGCGGGCGCGUGUUGCCGUUUCACUUGGCCUUCUAGCUGGAGCUAAAUUGACCAAUGUGAUCGUGCCCUUCAUGUUUAAGUAUGCAGUGGACGAGCUAAACCAGAUGUCGGGGCACAUGCUGAACCUGAAUGACGCGCCAAGCACAGUGGCUACCAUGGCAACGGCCAUGCUGAUUGGCUAUGGUGUCUCUCGGGCUUGUGCAGCCUUCUUUAACGAGCUGAGGAACACUGUGUUCGGCAAAGUGGCCCAAAGCUCCAUCCGACGCAUCGCUAAGAACGUCUUUCUGCACCUGCACAACCUGGACCUGGGGUUCCACCUCAGCCGCCAGACGGGGGCGCUGUCAAAGGCAAUCGACCGCGGCACAAGGGGUAUCUCCUUCGUCCUCAGCGCUCUCGUCUUCAACCUAGGACCCACAGUCUUUGAGAUGGCCCUCGUCAGUGGUAUUUUGUAUUACAAGUGUGGCGGACAGUUUGCAGCAGUGGCCUUGGGCACCUUGUCAGCAUAUACUAUUUUCACAAUUCUUGUUACUCAGUGGAGGACUCGUUUCCGCAUUGAGAUGAACAAAGCAGACAAUGAAGCAGGAAAUGCAGCAAUUGACUCGCUGCUUAACUACGAGACUGUGAAGUACUUUAAUAACGAGAAGUAUGAAGCAGAAAGGUAUGAUGAAUUCCUGAAGAUCUAUGAGUCAUCCUCUUUAAAAACCACGUCGACGCUCGCCAUGCUCAACUUUGGCCAGAGUGCAAUCUUUAGCGUUGGCCUCACUGCAAUCAUGUUGUUGGCAAGCAAAGGCAUUACAGCAGGUACCAUGACCGUAGGAGACCUGGUGAUGGUGAACGGCCUGCUCUUCCAGCUCUCUCUUCCCCUCAACUUCCUGGGGACAGUGUACAGAGAGACCAGGCAGGCGCUCAUCGAUAUGAACACUCUGUUCACCCUGCUCAGCGUCGACACAAAGAUCAAGGAGAAGGAUCUCGCCCCACCGUUAAUCGUCACACCACAGGACGCCACAAUCCGCUUCGAGGACGUCUAUUUUGAAUACCUCGAGGGUCAGAAGGUUUUAAACGGGGUGUCCUUUGAGGUGCCUGCUGGGAAGAAGGUGGCUAUAGUUGGUGGCAGCGGGUCAGGGAAGAGCACCAUUGUGCGGCUGCUGUUCCGUUUCUAUGAGCCCCACCAGGGUAACAUCUACAUCGCGGGGCAGAAUAUCCGAGAAGUCAGCCUGGACAGCUUGAGGAAGGCUUUGGGAGUCAUACCUCAGGAUGCAGUUCUGUUCCACAACACCAUCUUCUACAACCUGCAGUACGGCAACAUAAACGCCACAGCGGAGGAGGUGUACCAAGUGGCACGUUUAGCAGGCCUCCAUGAUGCUAUCCUCAGGAUGCCCCAUGGCUAUGACACCCAGGUUGGAGAGCGGGGCCUCAAGCUGUCAGGCGGGGAGAAGCAACGCGUCGCCAUCGCCCGCGCCAUCCUCAAGAACCCGCCCAUCCUCCUGUACGACGAAGCGACCUCGUCCCUGGACUCCAUCACAGAAGAGAACAUCCUGAGUUCAACGAAGGAGAUAGUAAAGGACCGGACGUCGCUGUUCAUCGCCCACCGGCUGUCCACGAUCGUAGAUGCAGAUCAGAUUCUGGUCCUCAAUCAGGGCAAAGUGGCAGAGCAAGGCAGCCACCACACCCUCCUCGCCACCCCAGGCAGCUUAUAUGCAGAACUGUGGAAUGCUCAGAACAGCAAAAUCCUGAACAGCGGCACCGGCAAGAACUCAGCUGAGCCGCCGGCCGAGCGGCUGUCCCAGAAGGAGGAGGAGAGAAAGAAGCUGCAGGAGGAGAUCCUGAACAGCGUGAAGGGCUGCGGGAACUGCUCCUGCUGAGAGAAGCCUCCACCGCCAUGUUCCCUCGAUCCUCACAGACGGCCUGCGCUGGAAUUCUCAAUCUGGAGAUGGGCCGCUUCUCCAUCUCUUCUCCUCUUUCAACUAGAGGCCGCCGCACGCCAAAAUGGAGGUGGAGCACAACAGGGAGCAAGUUUGUUUAGCUCUGGCUUGUGGCCAGAUUUCAAGCUAUGAUGCCAGUUUUCUGAGCUGAAGCAAAGCGUAAGAGACUCUGUGUAUCAGAUACGUGUGUUGGAGACAUCUGUUCUCCAACAUGGCCGUCUCCUUCUCCUCAUUUUGGACAUCUGGUUUAGUGACAUCUUUCAUUUGCACUGGAAACAUGAAAUCACUUGCAUAUGCCUUGACGUUGACAGAAUUUGUAUGGAUUUAGUUUUUUAAAUUAUUCAUAAAAAGGAACUGACCCUAGAGUUUGCAUUUUAAUUUUUUAUUUAAAGUGUGUACAUAUCCCAGUUCAUGCUGCAGUUAAAAUCCUGAACUAAGAGAUAGAUUGAACACUAUUGCAUAGAGGAGACACUCCUCUUAUAUUCACCAAUACUGCUUGAAGCACAUAACUUUAUUUGCAAUCUCUAUUCAGAAUAUUAAAAAUCUGCUUAUGAAGAGAUGACGUUGUGAAGAGAUGAUUAAUUCAGAUUUUUUUCAUUAAUAAAUCUUACACCUAUAAGAGGGAAGAGUUCUAAAUGUUUCUCACCAUUUCUUUCAUCUCAUAACAAAAGUUUAUUGAAGAGGUGUUUAAAUGUCAAAGACGGCUUUUAGAUUGUGUGACCAAAUAUGGAGUCUUCCUUUAUUGUGUAUAUUAUGUCCUCAUCUUUCCGGUGAUUGUUUUUGUUGUGGUAUGCACAGUUUCCUUCAAAUCUCUCCAUUUUUGUAUCUAAAUGAAGAAUAUUCAGAUGUGUUGUACAAUACACUGUCAAAUAUUUUUCUAAAUAAAUCUGCACCAUGUUGAUGUGA